GAUACAGCACCUGGGGAGCGCGCCGGGCUGCAGACUGGGGGGAACGUGUGUCGCCAUCGCAGGUGAGCGGAGCAACCCCGUCGGGGGGGGGGGACGGACCAGAAAACAGACCCUGACUUUGAUCCCCCCUCCCCCAAAUCGAGACAACGGGGAGGCCGUGGAAUUGAUGCUGGGGAAGGCGGCCAGCUGCAAUCACACAAGCCAGGGCCGGAGGGCAGUGGAGCAGCUGCGGACAGAAGCCGGGCUGGAGAGAAUGAAGGUCUCCAAGGCAGCCCGCGAGCUGCUGCAGUACUGCCGGGCGCACGCCCAGAGCGACCCGCUGCUGACCGGGGUCCCUGCCUCUGCCAACCCCUUCAAAGACAAGAAAACCUGCAGCAUCCUGUGAGGUCCCUGGACCCACAGCCCCAUCCGGACAACAGGGAGCAGCCUCUGAAGAGGGGGGCAGCUGGGUUCCUAUCACCGUCCCUGCUCCCACCGCUGUGACCCUGGCCCCAGCCAACCAAGAGGGAGCGGGCAUGACGUGGUUCCUCGUGUCCCCCCCUGCUCCCCUCCCCCCCACCAGGUCAGCGCAGCCUCCGUGUGCAGAGAGCAGGAGACUUUCCGACCCCUGGGCCCCGAUCCCUCCUGGUGUAAAUCAGGCAAGAGGAGGAGCAGGGAGUUGGGGGGAAAGCGUGGCCCUGCUGC